AUGUCAUCCAAAAAUCAAUCUAAAGAUCCGAUUAACGAAUUAUCCAAUAAACGACUAAAAAUUUCUCAGUCCACCGCACCUCAAAAAUCGAUUCCAAUGGGUUCUACGUCCCUUUUAAAACCACAUCGACGGCAGCAACCCUUACCAAUGUAUUUAAUAGUUUAUGAAGAAUUGCCAGAUGGAUCAACAGUAGAACGCUCUGUGAUCAACCCAAGGUUUCCCAAAUAUAGGACUGAUGACGUUUAUAUAACACAAAAACCAAGUAAUCCUACUAAAAUUUCAGAAAACAUCAGAAAGAUUCCAGCUAUUUCUUCCACCAGCCUUACACCUAAUUUUAACAAAACAUCGUUAGCAAAGACGGUUGUUAAUAGACCAAUUACACCACUUAUUAGAACAACAAACAAUAAAGAUUCUUGUCAAGAAAUUCAAGCCGAAUCGAAUGAACGUGCAUCGAGAAUUUCGAUCGACCGCGAACAUCCUUCUGAUCUGGAAGACAAGAGUGAAAGAAAUGAAAAUAUUAGUACGCAAAAAAUAAUUGAAGUAGGAAGUGACAUGUCAGAUUUGGAAGAAAUAGAUUUAGGAAAACCUAUGUUGGAACCACAAAAACAUAAAGAUUCUCAAUCUGAUGUUGAAGAAAGUUUGAAUAUUGUUUAUGUUUCAGAAACCUUUUGUUCACCUGUUAUUAAAAAUGUAAUGGAAAUUGGUUCUUCGGAAGAAUCUGGGUCUGAACUUGAGGCAGGAGAUUUAGAGGACGAAGAGAUGGAUGUGGCUACUAGCUCAGAUGAUGAUUAUUAUACGGGAUUUAGAAUUUAUGAUUUAAUACCGGACAAUAGUCCUGAUACGAUUCUCCAAUUAAUUAAUACCUCAAUCCCAUAUGAUGUCAAAAGGUUGAAACAAAAAAGGUCAAUAACUAAUACUGUCGGAACAGUGAAGAGAAGAAGAACAAGGAGCUAG